AGGUGUCACGUCCUUGUUAAGGAGGUGUUAUUAUUUCAAGCAUGGCGGAUCUCUGAAUGAAAAAGUUUUGGAGGAAAAGUGACUUGUAAAAAUGUCUAGUUCGGGAUUAUUCGAUAUUUCAAGCUGGUUCGACGACAUUCGUCGUAUGAAUAAAAGACAGCUAUGUUACCAAAUUUUAAAUUUCGGAAUGAUAGUUUCUUCUGCACUGAUGAUCUGGAAAGGUCUGAUGGUGACAACUGGAAGUGAAAGCCCGAUAGUUGUUGUUUUAAGUGGCAGUAUGGAGCCAGCAUUUUUCAGAGGAGACCUUCUGUUCCUUGGUAACGAUGUCCAAGAACCAAUUAGAGCUGGGGAGAUUGUGGUUUUUAAGAUUGAAGGCAGAGAGAUUCCGAUAGUACACAGGGUCAUAAAGGUUCAUGAAAAAUCAUCUGGUGAUGUCAAAUUCCUUACAAAGGGUGACAACAACAAUGUAGAUGACCGAGGAUUGUAUGCCCCAGGGCAAUUUUGGCUUCAAAAGAAGGACGUUAUUGGAAGAGCUAAAGGAUACCUUCCCUAUAUCGGCAUUGUUACCAUUCUAAUGAACGACUAUCCAAAAAUAAAGUACAUCAUCUUAGCAGCGUUGGCAUUUUUCGUUCUGAUCCAUCGAGAAUAAAGAAACAACGACAAACAACCGAACAUUUCAAAGCAACUCUGUUUCAAAGACAAACUAAUAAACAUUCUUGUAAAGCCAUUCCUUAGAAUUAACUUAAAGUGUCUUA